UACAAAGAUAUGGCCAAUCAAUGUCUUGUCAUAACACUUAUCAUAGGCUUAACAGCUCUAGCUGUUACAUACACCAAAUCUGUAAACCGGGUUAAAAGAUGGGCUGAUUUGCCGGACACGGAGUUUCAUUUUGAUUGUAAGAAUCGGGCGAUUGGUUUCUAUGCGGAUAUGGAAUUCAAUUGUCAAGUAUUUCACAUUUGCGAUGCCUUCGGGCGUCGGGUGUCAAUGAUAUGUCCCAAUGAAACGGCCUUCAAUCAGGAGUAUCGGGUUUGUGACUGGGAAUACAAUGUCAACUGUCCCGACUCAGAGACCUUCUUCUAUCUCAAUGAUCUAACCUAUGAAAAGCCGCCAAAAGAGGAGGAAGAGGCGCCCAAUGAUUUGAGAAAAUAA